AUGCCCACUACCUGCACAACUACCACAAAUGUAAGUCCCAUAAUAAGCUUGAUCUCUGCCAUUCUCUUGGGUCUGGUGGGUGCUCCUCCCUCCCACUAAAAGUACUUAGUAGAAACUCAGCUGUGUUCUAUUGGAAAUCUGCAAAUCUGAUAAGUUCUCUCACUGUUUUCACAAAACACAGUGGCGUACGUGUAUCUCUUUAAGCAGUAACUUUUUUGAUUUUUGUCUUAAAGGUGCACAAUAUUGUAGGUUUUGGACUGCAAUCCUUUAGAGUUUCUACUAAAACAAUUAGACAAGCCCUCGUUUUCUAUGAAGUCAACUCGGCCACACCUUGUUGAUUAUUCACUCAUAGAAACACGGGCUCAUAGUCUUAUUAUUAUUGUUAAUUAGAGAAUUGAGUAAAUAUAAUAACCAAUAACUAAAUGAGAAUUUGUUAAUCUAUCCGCAAGAAGCCAUCUACAAUAAACCAUAGCAAUGACUGAGCUUUGAGGAAUAUAAUUUAUCAGUAUAGACAGUAAAACAAGGAGGCUAAAUUAUUGGGCUGCCUGUGUUCGUGGGAUAACUGCGGCUUUGCCAAGACACGCCUUCUGGGAUUUUGCCACAAAGCUAUGUUGGGUGGAGAAUGAAACUAAGCAAACUGGAGGAUGAGACAAUGCUAAGCAAGCCCAAAAGAUUUCAAAGGAUGAACAAUGUCACUUGACAUAUCUGUCAAUAACGUACAGUCCGAAUAUGUAAAAAAAUAAAAAAUACGCUAUAAAAGGGGCCGGCGCCCCACAUUCCCAGUCCCGAUGGACCCCCUCCUUAGCAUUAACUAAAUAAACAAACAUUGAUGCUUGUAUCAGUUUCUGAACUCAUGUAGUAGUUAUUGUACUAUAUUGUCGUUCUUGAACUUUUGUGUCUUUGUUUAACUGCGCAGUGUUUAAAACUGAAUUUUCACUGGGUUUUAGGAAUGCUUAUGUCAUUUUCUGAACUCAUGUAGUUGUUAUUGAACUUUGUUGUCGUUCUUGAACCUAGGUGUCUUUAUUGAACUACAAAAAAGGGUCAGUUCGAACCAAACUUUCCCUAACACGCUGACGCUGCACAAAAAAAUUUCUACUUCGCAAAUGUCCCAGCAUCAUACUGAUACCAGAAUUUGGAAAUCCUUGUCUUAAACCUCGAAUUAAUUCAUCUAAAUCUGAAUCCGUGAUGGCUGUAUAAUGAUGUCGACUGGAAAAUGACUCCAGGUUUCUAAUUCUGCGCCAAAGAGUAGUUCUAGAAACUAAUAACAUUCUUGAUAUCUGGGACCAAUUAAAUCUCAUUGUGUUUCUUAGAAACUCCAACUGAUGUGUAGAAAUUUCGUAGGCCGGACGACCCGCUCUUUGAUUUAUAGGACCUGACAAACCUGGCAAAGUCCUUAUGGGGCGAACAGUCGUGCAAGAAGCUGCUCUUAUUACCAUCAUCUCCCAUCUGUUUAAUAAGUAUUGAAGUUUCCUCAACAGUGAUUCAAGCUCUGGUAUUCUGACAUCAUUUCCUUGAUCGUCUGGGUCCAACGACUCUACCAAACGACGAACUGAAUCGACAGCUACCUGAAAACGGACUACCAAGUUUUCAACCAUGUUUCGAUCGGCGUGUGGAUAAAACCUGGAGCAAUCCCUUAAUUCACGAGAAACCGUCUCCAGAAGAUCCGUUGUGGGAGAACUGUAAGAACUAGUUGACAAGAUACAUAUCACUACAAGAGCUAGAGAGGAAGCCAUGUUUGCAUUGCGAAAGGCACUUUUCAUUGCCACGAUACAUGACACCUAUUCCGUUAGAGGCACUUUUCAUGCCAUCUUAUACCAAGUCUGAUUUCUGAACCCCGCGUAUAUGCACAUUUUUGCACGCGUAUACGUGGGCUUUGACAGGUACGCAUAUAUACGGGUUUUUAGCAAGCGUAUAGACGUGCAUUUGAUUUUGCACAUAUACGCGUAUUAAAUACGCGUAUAUACGCGAUAUAAAUGGUUGUAUAUGGGAUAAAAGCCCAUACAUGGCGAUUAUAAACGAUUAUACGCGGCAAAAAAGCCCACGUACACGAUGUCAUAAUUUUGAACCGGAUGGCCAACCAUAGGUCACCUCUCCUUCUCAUUGGCUAAGAACCUACAGCUUAUUUUGGAAAGCAGUGCAACCUACAGAGAUGCGGGCACAAUGUGUGAUUCACAAUAACAUUAUCAAUUCUGGGUUCCUUGCAAUGGUCUGUUUGUUGUUAUUUUGUCCAAAACAAUGUAUAAUAAAAUUAUUAGAUUCUGUUUGUGUGAUAUCCUAAAUAAUCAAGGUCUCGGUAAGUGUUACCUGCCUCGGCCUUUGGCUUGCCUGACACCUUGGUUAUUCCGGAUGUUACAAAAACCUCCCCUAUAAUUGGUUAAAAUUAAGUUAUAAAUUUAACCUUGAUAAUUUAUCAGAGGGGUUUUAAUUAAAAAAAUGGACCAAAUGGUCUACCAAAAAAAAAAAAUUUAAUAUUACUACACGCGGUGCCCUUAAUAUAAGCAUGAUUGAAUAAACCUCUCUUAGUGUUAAUAAAUCUCUUCAAAAGUGUUGUACUGUUUGUUACUUUAGUAUCCAGCUUGGCAAAAGUGUGGGUCAUUUGUCAUAAAUGACACCAUACAGAUCAAUCCCAAGACAAAGUCUCUUCUUCAAGAUCAGGAGCGAUAUGUCUUAUAUCAAAAUUCUUGGAAAAAAGGUAGAGGCCGAGGUAGGUAUUUCAGGCAAAUAGUUGCUUAUGCAUCACAAUUUUUGCUUAAUUAGUCAAGUAAUAAAAUGGGUUCUGCGUGUAAUUUUAACAAUUGUCUGUGUCAUUAUUCCAGAAUAAAAUGUCAUUGAAUGAGACAGACUUGUGGGAAAUGCAAGUGAUCAUUUUUAUAUUAAACUCUGAAUUCAAGUUAUGCACUUGACAAUUUUUGUUGUCUCGAUGUUGUUGUGGUCAGGACUAAAUUGUAGUAUUAAUUUUUGGUUCAUGUCGUGUAGACCUGCCUUCUUUCUAAGUAACCUUGUCUUUUCCAAAGAAUUUAAUCUCAAAAAAAUUAAAUUAAAAAAAAGUUGUCAACGUAGAUUAUCAGUGCAAAAUGGAUCUAUACUAUCAGGGUGCAAAGAAAGUCAUUUUUAAAUCUUGCCAUUUGGGCAAGCCGAAGCUAGCAUAUACUAACCCAAACGUCAUUUCAACUAGCCCCAAAACAUUUGAUGAGCAGAAUGGAUUUCACAGUUCUUCUGUAAUUUGAUUUCCUCAAAAAACUUUCCUUGCCCAUCGGGCAAGUUAAGAACAAAACUCACUAGCCAGAUAGCAAAAUCCACUAGCCCCGGACUAUCGGACACUACUUUCUUUGCACGCAGAUACUAUAUUCUAUUUAUAUAUUCCUAUCAUUUUCUUCUUUUAUAAACAAUCAUUGUAUAUUGAUUGACAUAUUCAUGAAUAAUAAUAAUUUUUUUUAUUUUAUUAGUUUUGUAAGGGUUUCCCUUUUACUUCAAUGCCAUUUUUCAGUUAAUAACAAUGCCAGUUAAUAAUUUGUUAUUGGUGGCGUUUGUUUCUUUUGUAAAAGUAUAUUUUGUUGUAGGAGCAAAUGAUGCUUGCCUGGGCAGUGGCAUUAGGAUAAAACAGCCCUUUUCUGCAAAUAGAAUUGGAGACCUGUUACAAGCAUUCAAGAACCUCCUGACAAGCAACUAUCCAGCUGCUUGUCUCACCCCAGGGGGAACUGUUAUGAGUCUUGGCUAG